CCUCAACUUUGCGCCUGUUGCUGGGCGGCCCGGGACGAGCUCAGCGGAAAAGUAACCGGCAGCCGUCAGCCCGGGGGCGCUCUUGGGACACUCAGGGUCCUCGCGCGCGGCCCUCGCCAAGCCUGGGCGCCCGGAUUUCGGCAGCGGAUUGCCUUUCCGGGUUGGCGGCCGGCCGGAUCGGGACGAGCAGGCCGGUUGCCUGGGGAACGCGGGGGCCUAAGCUGCACAGGCUUGGUGCCCACCUGUGCGCGCCGCCAGCGAGGAAGGAACGGCCCGGGGAGGAGGAGCCAGCGGCCGCCCCCGUCCCCCCCGCGGCCGUCGCCAGGGAGCUCUAGCCGCCUCGCGCCCCUGCAGCGCCCCCGCCAUGAAGCCCAACUUCUCCCUGCGACUGCGGAUCUUCAACCUCAACUGCUGGGGCAUUCCCUACUUGAGCAAACACCGGGCCGACCGCAUGAAACGCCUGGGAGACUUUCUGAACAAGGAGAGCUUCGACCUGGCUCUACUGGAGGAGGUGUGGAGUGAGCAGGACUUCCAGUACCUGAGACAGAAGCUGUCGCCUACCUACCCAGCUGCACACCACUUCCGCAGCGGCAUCAUUGGCAGUGGCCUCUGUGUCUUCUCCAAACACCCAAUCCAGGAGCUCACCCAGCACGUCUACACUCUCAAUGGCUACCCCUACAUGAUCCAUCACGGUGACUGGUUCAGUGGGAAGGCUGUGGGGCUGCUGGUGCUCCAUCUAAGCGGUGUGGUGCUCAACGCCUAUGUGACCCAUCUCCAUGCCGAAUACAAUCGACGAAAGGACAUCUACCUAGCGCAUCGUGUGGCCCAAGCUUGGGAACUGGCCCAGUUCAUCCACCACACAUCCAAGAAGGCAGACGUGGUUCUGUUGUGUGGAGACCUCAACAUGCACCCUGAAGACCUGGGCUGCUGCCUGCUGAAGGAGUGGAUAGGGCUUCGUGAUGCCUACCUUGAGACUCAGGACUUCAAGGGUUCUGAAGAAGGCAGCACAAUGGUGCCCAAGAACUGCUACGUCAACCAGCAGGAGCUAAAGCCGUUUCCCUUUGGCAUCCGUAUUGACUACGUGCUUUACAAGGCAGUUUCUGGGUUUUACAUCUCCUGUAAGAGUCUUGAAACCACUACAGGCUACGACCCUCACAGUGGCACCCCCCUCUCUGAUCAUGAAGCCCUGAUGGCUACUCUGUGUGUGAAGCAAAGCCCCCCACAGCAGAACCCCGGCUCUACCCAUGGACCAGCAGAGAGGUUGCCCUUGAUGAGUGUGCUAAGGGAGGCGUGGACGGAGCUGGGUCUGGGCAUGGCUCAGGCUCGCUGGUGGGCUGCCUUCGCUAGCUAUGUGAUUGGCCUGGGGCUGCUUUUCCUGGCAUUGCUGUGUGUCCUGGCGGCUGGAGGAGGGGCCAGGGAAGCUGCCAUACUGCUCUGGACCCCCAGUGUAGGACUGGUGCUGUGGGCAGGUGCAUUCUACCUUUUCCAUGUGCAGGAGGCCAAUGGCUUAUAUAGGGCCCAGGCUGAGCUCCAGCAUGUUCUAGGAAGGGCAAGGGAGUCCCAGGAUCUGGGCCCAGGGCCUCAGCCAGCCCUACUUCUGGGACAGCAGGAGCGGAACAAUAAAGAGCAAUAAAGCUUGGCACUUA